AUGGCAGCAGUUGUUUUCAAAGCAGACAAAGCCGUGUUUCUUUCACAUAAAUCCAUCUACAGCAUAGCAAUAGUAACUAUACUAUUAGUAUGGCUGACUGUCUAUCAUACUCCACACUCUGUCCCUACGUUUAGCCGCCCCAAAUCUCAUAAACAACCAUAUUCAAGCAUUACAUCUAACAAAUCUGAUAGCCACGCCCUAUGUACAAUUGAAUCAUAUAAUCAUGGAAAGUGGGUUUACGACCCAAUUGUAAAUUUAGGAAAUAACCUCACAGCAGCUAACUUUGCUACGGCUACUGGAUAUUAUUGUCGCAAAAAAUUUGCCCAUCGAUGCUUCCGGCGAUCUGAAUCAGAGCUUAUACGAGCUAAAACGAUUGUGGACUAUCGUUGGCAACCCGAAAGCAAUUGCACGCUUCUGGACUUCAAUCCUAAAUUACUGUCUGAACAUCUCAAUGACCAUCCCAUUUUGUUUGUAGGUGAUUCCAUCACUCAACUACAAUUUGAGAGCUUAGGGUGCUUAUUGGGGCACUAUUAUACGAACAGGCAUCCAUCUCAUUCUAACUUGAAUGGUGGCAAUCCAAACAUCCGUGUGGAUGAAAAGGCUCCUGAAAGCAAAGAAACAGCGUCCUUGGCCUUCAUUCGGUCUGAUUAUUUGCUACGGUUGGACGAUUUCAAACUCACAAUUCCUGCAGAUAGUCCAGGUACGCAAUUGGGCACCGGGUUAAACCAUCCAUGGGUUCAUGGUCUAUCAUAUUUCGACUAUAUUGUACUCAACACUGGGCCACACUGGCAUCCGAAUCUUAUGUGGGGUCCGAAUGAAACAGAAGAAGAACUACUCGACGCGUUCAAAAGAGCCAUGAGCACUAUUUUAGAUUAUUUGGAUAAUCAUGUUCGAUCCAAUCAAAAGGUAUGGAUCAGGACAACGCCUUAUGGUCAUGCUGCAUGUUCGCAAUUUACGGAACCAUCUAUUACACCAAUUCCUCCUUCUGGUAAAACAGGGGAAUUCGAAUGGCACUUAUUUCAGCAGUUCGAUAUGAUCUGGAAAGACAUACUAUUACCUUACCGCAAAGACAAUCGUUUCGAAAUUUUUGAUGUUACAACCUUGUCUAAUCUACGAGGCGAUGCGCAUUCAAAACCUGAUAAAGACUGUUUACAUACGUGCUUACCAGGACCUGUGGAUUACUGGAACCGACUUUUAUACCACGAAAUAAUGAAAAAGGAGAUAGGCUAUACUUACUAA